GCCCAUAAAAUCAAUGCCUGGAGUCCCCGAUACAAUUUGCAGUUAGGCAGGUAGGUAUCAGUACGUUUGUAGAGAGGGAGAGAGAGCGGGGGGAAAGAGAAACAAACUGACAAACUUCUAGAGAGAGAGAGAGAUGAAGGACGACGUUGACGAUCUAACACUUGCCGACGCCGCCGAUGGGGAGGCCGACCCCCCUGUCGGUGACGGAGACGGCGGAGGCAGUGGGGGUAGUGGCGGUGGUGGUGGCGGCGGUGGCGGCAUCUGCAGCAGAGUGAAGGGACCGUGGUCUCCGGAAGAAGACGCGAUUCUGAAUCGAUUGGUGAGCAAGUUCGGGGCGAGGAAUUGGAGUCUGAUUGCCCGCGGAAUCCCGGGACGGUCCGGCAAGUCGUGCCGCCUCCGGUGGUGCAACCAGCUCGACCCCAGCGUCAAGCGCAAGCCUUUUUCCGAUGAGGAGGAUCGCAUCAUACUUGCUGCCCAUGCAAUCCAUGGAAACAAAUGGGCAUCAAUAGCAAGGCUUCUUCCUGGGAGAACAGAUAAUGCAAUCAAGAACCAUUGGAACUCUACACUGAGACGCAGGUGCAUGGAGCUGGGCAGCUUUAAACCAGAAUCUGGUGAUAUGCUGAACAAUGGCAGCCUCGAAAGGAUGAAAGCAUCUUCAGAAGAAACUCUGUCCCCUGGUGAUGACAACUCAUUCAAGUCAUCUAAGUCGGCCAAGGGAAAAGAUGUGAGCUUCAUGGAGAACAACCCUAACCAAUAUGAGGACAAUGCACAAACAAGGGAGGAUCACUGUGUUGUUGAAGCAAAAGAUUCUCCCACCCUUUCUCGUCCAGUGGCACGCAUAAGUGCAUUUAGCGUUUAUAACCCUCCAAGUGGCUCAACAACUGGCUCUGCAUCUUCCAGGACAGUACCCAUUCAAGGUCCUCUGGUCCAAUCCUCAAAGCCAGAUUUUGGGAUCUGUAAAACCUUUGAAGGUGUUUGUGCUGAGCCGAUGGUUCCUUCACAAUGUGGCCAUGGUUGCUGUGCAUCUCCUAGUAGGAGUCAUGCUCAAACCUCAUUGCUAGGCCCCAAAUUUGUCGACUAUGAGGAACCUCCUACAUUCUCUAGUCAUGAGUUGAUCUCCAUAGCUACGGAUUUGAAUAAUAUUGCAUGGAUCAAGAGCAGUCUUGAGAAUGGCUGUGCCAGAAUUACGGAUGAUGCAGCCAGCUUGGGAGCUUCUCAAGGGGCUAUUGCGCGUACAGAUUUUUCAGAACAUGCAAAGAACGAGCGCUUGCGCUUUCAGGAGGGACAGGUCAAGUUGAUGGGUAUGAUGCCGGAAGUCGUACCUACCCAAAUAUAGAGUCAAAAUGCAGGCAUUUGCAGCUCAAGUGCAGGAUUUGAGCGGAAUUGCACCAAGUGGUUUUUUCGUCUUUCUGUAAUAUGCCAAAGCAAGAGGAUAAAUACAGGAUAGAUCAAGUGGACUGAGUGAGUUGCUGGAGUUGUUAAGAGACCUUUUUGUGCAGGUGAAGAUUUCACAACCAUUUUUUUUUUCUCGGGUUAAAAGGGUUGUGCAAAAUGUUUCUGAAUCCAUCAUACAAAAAUGAGAUUAGGCCAUUCAAUGGUUUCCUUUUGGCCACAACUCACCGGCUUUCUUAUUGUGUUCUUUUAAGUUUUAUGAUGUAAAUCUGAUGCAGUCAGUGGCUGCCAUAAUUAAAGGUUAGGACCUGUUUGUAUCCCAUGCCAUUGAUGGGGCAAAAA